AUGAAUAAUCCAGGUCUGGAAUCUGGAUUAGGAAAUAAUAUCUCGGACAAUAUACUAUCCACACAUAUUCAGAUCGAAUCAAUGAUCACAAAUCUCAAUAAGGAUAAUUACGAAAGUACUUUAUCUUUUCUUCGAGAAAUGAAUCAAAAAUUCAAAUCAUAUAUUUACGAAUUAAUUCAAUAUGUUGCAGAAAUACGUCCAUUCAACUUUAGUUUGCUUAAAAAUCUUUGGCUUGCUUUAGAUCUUCCCAUUACUAACAGAAAAUCUAUGUUUAUGAGCUAUUUACAGAAUAAAACAGAAUUAGAAGAACAAAGAAUCCCCAAAUGCAAAUACAUAAAUAGAUAUCCUCAUUCGAAUCUAUUGCCAGAUUUAAUAUAUUCACAAAAUAUAGAUGCUAUAAGGGAAAUUUCGACUGACUAUGACUUAUACGAAGAAAUUAUACAAGUUAAUAACACCUUUUAUACACCUUUAGAUUAUUCUGCCUUUUGUGGUAGUAAGAACUGUUUCGAUUUUUUUCACUCAAUCGGAGCAAAAACUACUUCACAAACAGUUAAAUGCGCCAUACGUGGUGGCUCUGCAGAUAUAGUCCUUACAGUUAAACCAAAAAAAUCCGAAUAUCAAGAUCUUAUUUAUGAAGCAGUCGCAUUUCAUCGAAAUCAUAUUGUCGAAUGGUUCCUAAACGAAUCCAAAAAUCUACAAGUUGAGCUAUCCUUUUGUAUUUCCUCAUUUAAUACAGAAGCUUAUAGAAUUUUUUCAAAAUCUUAUAAGGGUGAUGUUAAUAAGCGAAAUGAGAAUGGAUGGACACCAUUGAUCGUAGCAUCACGUACAGGCAACGAACCAAUAGUAAAAGAUUUAUUAAAUCGAGGCGCAAUGCCAGAAUUAAAAGACGGACAUUGUAAGAACGCACUUGUUUACGCAUCAAAAAGAAAUCAUAUAGAUAUCGUAAAAUUAUUAUUAGACCAUAGCUUUGAGGACAACCUCAAAACCAUCAACUGCUGGACACCUUUGAUCGCAGCAUCGUAUAAAGGUAAUGAUGAGAUAGUCAAGUUACUCCUGGAAAAAGGGUUUUCAGUUGAUCAAUGCGAUGAAGAUGGGAAGACUUCUUUGAUUUGGGCUUCUUUGAUGGGAAACUUAUCGACAGUCAAGAUCUUAAUCGAAUGUAAUGCUGAUAUAAACGCUAAAGAUCUAGACGGAUGCCAACCUUUGCAUUACUCUGCAAGGGAAGGUCAUGCAGAUGUCUGUAAGUAUUUAAUUAGCAAAGGAGCCAAUAUCAAUAGCCUGUCUAACUGCGGUUGGGACCCAUUAAAAUAUGCUCUGAAGUACCAAAGAGCUGAUACUAUCAGAGAAUUAAUUAGAAGUGGGUCAAAGCAGCCGCGAACAUUCUUGAUCCAUCGAUUUCUCUAA